ACUGAUGUCGAAGGCUUACCGAGCCCCUCAUUUAAUCAGACCAAUGAGUUGAUCCUCUGCCCAGUCAGUACCAAUGCCUCUCUUCAAUCUUUUCAAAGGGAAACCGACUGUUGAGAGGACCACGGCAUCGUUUCUUCAAGAACGAGACCAUGCCGGACUUCUAGUCACCGCCGAACUAGAAAAGACACGAGCCAAUUGCAAGGCAAAGGUUGAACAUAUUGCCAAGGAAUGCAAGGCGAAGAAUCGAAAGUUCAGAGAUCACGAGUUUGAUCUGCAGAAUGACAGAUUCCGAUGCCUUCAUGGACUUGCAAGCGAGGAAGGAUACAACCCUUCUGAUGUACUCCGCGUAACACAGAUCUUCGACAAUCCUCAGUUUUUCGUGGAUGGCGCAUCGUCGAAUGAUAUAGUCCAGGGUGCUAUUAGUGAUUGCUGGUUUGUUUCCGCAUUGGCAACGGUGUGCACGUCCUCAGGACUAGUAGAAAAAUUCUGUGUCGCGAGAGACGAAAAGGUUGGGGUGUACGGAUUCAUCUUCUUCCGGGACAAUAGAUGGGUUGAUGUGGUCAUUGACGACCUGCUCUAUACGUCCAUCCCAAAAUUUGAGGAGUUGAGCGGGGGCGCUACCCUUUAUUUUGCCAGGUCUAGCUCUGACGGAGAGACGUGGGUGCCAUUGGUCGAAAAGGCGUACGCGAAACUCCACGGGAGUUAUGGCGCCUUGAGCCGUGGUUGGGUGUGCGAAGCCGUUGAAGACCUCACGGGUGGUGUAGCGUGCUUCAUUCCCACAAAUGACAUCCUUGAUCCAGAUCUGUUUUGGACAGAGGAGUUGCUCAAGGCCAAUAAUGAUUGUCUCUUUGGAGUCGCGUUCAAUUACCUUGAUUCUAGUCGUAGCGGGGAGACUUCUAUCACAGUCAGUGGUUUGAUGGGCGGGCAUGCAUACUCCGUUCUCAGAGCGGUUGAAUGCAAAGGCAAACGCUUCGUUGUUAUCAGAAAUCCUCUGAGACAUUCCGGAUGGACUGGCCCAUGGUCAGAUGGUUCGAAACAGUGGACACCGGAAUGGCUCGAGAUACUCCCCCAGCUUGGACAUUCCUUCGGAGACAAUGGUCAAUUUGUCAUGGAGUACACGGAUUUCUUGGAAUGCUGGCAGGAGAUCGACAAAACCAUUUUAUUUGACACGCAAUGGGUCAUGUCCUCUCAGUGGCUUCAUGUGACAGCACCUCCGCUCCCAUCAGCUUGGACGUAUGGGGAUGUAUCAUUCACUAUUACAUUGCCUGCUGCUACCAAAGCAGUGAUUGUCCUGUCCCAGAUAAAUAACCGUUACUUCAAGCCGAUAUCAGGGUUCGUGUACUGGACCUUUGAUUUCGCAGUCUUUAAAAAAGGAGAAAAAGAUAUCAUUGCCCGAUCUUCAGCGUCUAGGGUCUUUGCACGGAGCGUAAAUGUUGAGCUGGACUUGGAGGCGGGCUCAUAUGUUUUACAUGUUCGUCUGGACCGCUUUGUGUAUUCCUCACCGGCAUACCCUCAAGAAGGCAUCCACAUUUCGAAUUACCGCUCCCUUUCGAGGGUGCUCACUGAGCAUGCCAAGAGUCAAUCCAUUACUAUGAUAUAUUUCAAUACGAGCUCGCAGGCUCAGAAUCUGCCUAUUCCUUUAGAUAUAUUGGCUGGACAGGACUUGUUCGACUUAGAGCGGAAGGCAUUGGCGGUCAGGAAAGCGGAAGGGGAAAAGAACGCCGCCGAAGAGAAGAAGAUAGUUGAGGAAGAAGCCGGAAGGAAGACUGAAAACACCACUGACAGAGAAGCCGUGAAGAAUAUUGCUGGCCAAGAAAAUGAAAAGAUGGCUGAGAAAACUUGUGAAGAUAAAGACGAGGGGAGAGGGGAGAGAAAGAAAGCAGGUGAGGACGGUGUCGUCAAAGUCAUCCAAGCAGAUAACGACAAAAAGGCUGACGUUGACAAGACUGAUGCUGUCUCCGACGAUGACGAUGACGAGACUGUGGACAUCCAAGACAUGAUGUCUGAAACUAACUCAAUUUUCCUCGGCCUUCGAGUAUAUACGUCCAAGGAUGCCCCCGUCGAAAUUUGUGGCCAACUAAGGCAUGAGAUGGAGCUCUCUGCAGCUUUAGCUUGUCCAAAUUGCUGAUCGCAUGUACUACACCACUAUAUCAUUACUAU